CCACGUCGGCGGGCAGUAGGUGCCCCUCAACCUGCUGAGGAAAAGGGCGGCUGUUCGGUGUCCUGAGAGGCUGGGAACGACGUCGGUUCUCCCUGCCCCGUGGGUGUGCGUGUGGGGAAGUGGAUGUGUAGAUGAACUGAUGUGAUGCCUGGGAUUUGCUUCAAAAUAAUCCGGAAGGUGGGAGUCAAUCAUUUUGACAAGUCUCCUGAAAGGAGCAGCUAGCAGGAGCUGAAACCUUUUUCCAUUUGGUCUCGUGGCAAAGGCAGAGAUCACGCCCCAGCUCCACACAAUAUGAUGUGCUCACUGGUGCCCUCAGAACAGCCUUCUGGUACCUCUCUCUUGCCUAAAGACAAUGCCCCAUUUUCUUGGGGUUCCUUGGAUGAGGAUGGAUUGGAUGACUCCUUGCUAGAGCCAUCUGUUGGAGAAGAAGAUGAUGACCAUUUCAGUUUCACGGAGGAAGAGAUUGAAGAGCUCUUAAAGGAUGAUAACGUAUCAAAUGAGCAUAUUUCUUGUCAUGAAGAGUUGCCUGAAGAUGACAGCAGGCAUGUUGAGAAAGGAGGAAGAGUGGGUCAAAUUCUACUUGACACUCCGCAAGAGAAAAAUUCCUUGUGCAGCUUGGGACCGGUAGCUGAGACUCCUGGCCUCUUCAAAUUACCUCAACUAAGUACAUCAGUUGGUAAUGUACCAAUUCCUAAUAAACCAUUAAACAGACGCUUUGCACUAGAAAAGAAUCUUGUAAAAUUAACAGUUGUUGCACCAUUUGAUCCAACAGUUUAUGAUGCUGUGCUUGGUAAGGACAAGACUGAUACAUCCAAAGAUACUGAAAAACCCUCCUCCCUUGGAGAAGAGAUGAGAGAAGAUGGUGUUAGCCCAAAAAAGAGCAAACUUUGCACUGAAUCUGAAGGGAACAGCCCUAGUAAUUCUGCCUGGGAUGGGCCUCUGCUCCCUUCUCCUUCAAACAGUAACUUUAAACAAACUGUCUCUGAUAAAAGUAUGCCUGACAGUAAGAAACCUACACCUGUAUUCUCUCAGCUAUUGGACCAUUCAGAGACUUCUAAUACAGGGUCAUCCUGGAGAAAUGGAUCACAUAAAUCGAGUUGUGAAAUGAGGUUUUCAGUUGUUUCCAGUUCAUCAAACAAACAGGAUGUUCUUGACAAGGAUUCUGGGAAGCUGAAAGCCCCUGAGAGAAGACUAGGCAAAGUCAUUCCGGUUCUGCAAGCCAAAACGAGUGGAAAUUAUACCAGAGAACACAAGACUAAUGUUCCGACGGUUUCACAAUUAGACCUAGAACAGAAGAAGCAAAUUUAUCUCAAGAAUGUCUUUGCUCAUAUAAAAGAUCCAGUGGACUCUAACCAAGGUACCUUGAAGGAGCUGUGUGCCUUGGUAGAUCACGUUCAUCAUAUGCAUAACCCCAAAUGGCCGCAUCCUUCGGACCUCACCACGCGAAACUACGCCCGGUUCCGACAGAAACCUCUGGAAAGAUACAGUCUGACUCAGUGGGUUGACAAGAACAAGCGAAGCCACCAACGGUUCCAGUGUCUCCCCGAUAUCCAGUACAGUCCAUUCGUUUCAUCCCAUCAGCAAUGAAGGUCCCUAUCUAGGGGCCUGUCCAGAGCAGCAUCUCAUCAUCUUCUGCUGUUUUGUGCUUUGCAGAUUUUGAAUUUUAUUUUUCAUAAGAUUUUUAUUUAAAGAACUUGUCACCUUUUGGAAAUGCCCAUUGCCAACUUGAAUUUUUUGUAUAAAGACCUUCAUUCGUGUGUGUAUGUGUGUGUGUGUGUAUGUGUUUAAGCAGUGUUAAGUUGAUUCAGUUUUUUUUUCUUUAAAUUGAAGGUGGCCGCCUCCUGAAGCCCAGCAUUAAGCCAAAACACCAGGUUCAAGCAAAACACCCACCUUUAUGUAGAGGUGAAGUCUACUGGUGCCCAAAAGAAAUCAUCUUUUAAUCUCCUGUAAGGAAGAGGUUCUUUUCAGGUUGCAAGCCAGUGUUAAUUAUUGCUCAUGACUUAUAAAUGGAUACAAGUCACUUUUAACAACCCCUCUUACGUGUUUAUUUGAAUCUCUGAAUACCUGUCAGUAUUUUAAAGUUGGUAAUCCAAGACAUUUGAAGUAGGAUGGAGUAGGACAAAAAUCCUGUUAAAAGGACAAAUUAAAAUCAUAAAUCUUCUCCUCUCCUUUUAGUACCUACUAGCUGGCCUUAUUUUUUGGCUUUUAUUUCAUUCUUCAUCAAAUUUACUUUGCACAAUAGUAUUUACAAAUCAUACACACCUUAACUCUGACAAAAGACAGCUGACCAACUGCUGUUGACUUGUGGUCUUGUGACUGAUUGUCUUCUCCGCCUUUGUUCAAGGAUUUUCCUUUUUUCCCCCAGUGACCAUUGUGCUCUCUAGGGUUCUGCCUGUUAGACACAGAUAUGCCUCUUAAGAACAGUCUUCUGACUCUUUAUUGAAGAGCUGCCCACCCAGGGUCUUGACUCCAGGACAGGCCAUAAAGCCAAUGUUACUGAGUUAUCAAUUGGUUUUCAGUUUCAUGUACUGACCCUGAACUUAUAGUCUGAGGUGAUGUGUUAGUCAGUGAGCCUCCAUCCUGUGGGAGAGACUUUGGAGAGGCUCUCUGUUGUCUCCGUUAGUCAGCAAGAGGUGCCUUCAGCCCCUGGGUGCUACUGUCUCCUUUGGUCAAACUUCUGAUGCAGUUUCACAAAACCACUAAAGUUGGUCUGAUAUAGUUGUGAUUAAUACUGUGCACAAAAGCAUUACCUGAGCUUCAGGUUUGGUGUUAACCCAAGUUGACAGACUUUGUGCAACCAUCUUAAUGGAUGUCUUAGGAUUUUGUUAUUCUUUAUUUACAGACAGCUCUAGACAUUUUUCGGAGAUUUUGUAGUCCAGCAUCCAUGCUAUUGUUGUUCACUCUCUGUGAAGGUUGUACAUAGUUGCUGUAGCACAGCCUGUGGUGUUGGGCUGGCUGCCUCUGUCUGGUUUGUUUCAUCAGCCCCGUUUUUGUUUGUGAGUAACCCAUCUUAAAUAUCCCACCCUGCUUUAGAAACUGACUUGGGAAAAGCUUGGUCAUUCAAGCCACCCAUAAAUUUAGAUGGAUGUCCCUAAGUAUUUACUGUUAUUAUUCAGUCAAGGAUUCUCUUUUCCAUGGACAUUGGGUUUAAUUCUGGGACCAAGAUGCUAUGAAGUUCUGUUUAAGGGCAAGAGUCAAAUCUGUUAUUUCAGUUGUCAUUUAGUACAGCAGUCACUUCUCCUGGUUUCCCUAAAUUAAGUUGAUGCAGUGAGACAAGUAUACAUACAUCUGCCUUUGGAACCAUAGCAUAGAUAGUUAAUUGUAGCUGGAAUAACAAGCACUGCAGCUGUCUAGUUCCCCAUAGAUAACCCAAGGAGUGAAGGCACUGCGUUUUGCAGAAAUCUAAGACGUGUGUUCUUGCCUUCCUGUUACAGGAGGAUCUAAGUUUCACCAUAUAAUGGGAGCGUCGUCUUUGCCAAAUCAAAUGAGUGACGGGUUAACUAUAAAAUGUGACAAUCACAUUUCCUCUUUGCUCAAAUAAUUCUGUUUUUCCAAAGCGUUAGCAGCUUAAUUAAAUCUGUUGGACUGGGGGAGGAGAGAACUGUUCUCUAGCGAUUAACAUGGUAUUCUUUAAGGAGAAAAAACAAAGCCAAAGAAAACUCAUUAUCAGGCAUGUUCACCUUAAAGAUGGUAGUGGGUGAAAUCUGGAGUUUUAACCUGUUUUUAAAGCUGCAUAUCAUAUUUGGUGUUGGCCUCAAAUAUUUCAUGUGGAAUUCUUACUGUAUUUUAUGUUACGUGCAUUUAACUGCCUACCUAGUUUUCUUCAUCUGUGACGACAUUCUCACCACAAGGGUCUUGACAAAGCAGAGUAAAAAUGUGCUAUUUAUAUAGUUUACUUGUAUGUAAAGAGCCUGAAAUAACCUGUAGUUUGGCAUCUAAUUCAGGCCCUGAUUUACUUGAGUUGUCAGGAUCAAUUAUGAAACUGAAGUUUGGUGCCUCCUCUUUAUCAUGUUUUUUCCCUGUAGCAGUUGUGUUUAAUGUCAUUAAAAAGAAAUAAAAGUUCUUGUCA